GUGAAAGUGUGGAAGAAGCUGUCCGGCGGGAAGUCGCAGAAGAGGUGGGAUUGGAAGUGGAAAGACUAGAGUACUCUGCUUCCCAGCACUGGCCCUUUCCCAAUAGCUCACUCAUGAUUGCUUGUCAUGCAACUGUGAAACCAGGGCAGACAGAGAUCCAGGUGAACUUGAGAGAACUAGAGGCAGCUGCCUGGUUUAGUCAUGAUGAGGUGGCCACAGCGCUGAGGAGAAAGGGCCCCUAUAUUCAGCAAGAGAAUGAGACACUCCCAUUCUCUUUGCCCCCCAGGUUAGCCAUUGCCCACCAACUGAUUAAGGAGUGGAUGGAAAGACAUGCCUGUUCUUCCCGGCUUGCCUAGCCCAGAUCAAGCCAUCUAGAUCUCUCCUGGGUGCUGAAAGGAUACCAGAAAUCCAUUGAUUGUAAAGGGGAGGGGACAAAAGGCCAGUUCCAGGCCAAAGUCAUAAGGCAGGGGAGAAGGCAAGCUAUGGCAAGGUAUCUCUGUCAGCAAUGUCAGUGAAAGAAGUUUCUACUAAUGGGCAAUCAAAAAUGCCAGUGUAAGCCAAGUGUGGAAGUGCAUGUCUGUAGUCCCAGCUACUUGAGAAGCUGUGGUAUGAGGACUGCUUGAGCCCAGGAGUU